AUGGGCGAUCAAGAAGCGGACUUGAACAAGCUCUUCGUGCGAGCACCAGCGACCUCCCUGGCCCCCGAGGUUCUGGGUGAAUUGCAAUCAAUCCUCCGCCUGCAUGCCCUCGACCCCCAAGAGCUAUCCUACAAAUGGGAGGAAUAUACGAUGAAAAUGGGUCCGGACUCCACAUCAAGGGCGAAAUCAGGACGGAGUCUGAACAGGAAAGCUUUCGCGACUCCAAGAGGUGGGGUGGUUGGAGAUGAUGUGUUCGGGAAGUUGGAGGGUAUGACGCCAAACACGCCUUCGCAAAAUCGAUCAAUAUCAGGUUCAGUUAAGAGAAAAGCCGCGAAUGAGACACCCUCCGUCCCAAAGUUCAGCAAAACGGGAGGGAAGAGGUCGCCGACUGAGGGACGAGCAAACGGAACCCGCCUUCCUCCCAGUGCGCCCUUCGCAGAGCGACAAAAUGCUGGCCAGAUAACGGAAACCUUGAAUGUUCAGCUUCCCGCCUUUGAGCCUCCAGUAGCACCGCCCGCGGAGCCUCGCGUCAAACUGACAGCCAACACCGACCUGAGGAAGUUCUACUAUAAGCCUUUGGCCAUGCACCUCUCUGAAGCGUCAGAAGUUCUGGAUGAUCGAAUUGAUGAGUUCCAAUCGCUCGUACAGACUGCUCAUGGCCUCGAGGAUGCAUCAUUUGGCAGUGCCGCUUCUCAGUCCACUAAUGAGAUCAUUGCAGUGGGUAGAAUUACUUGUGAUACUCCAGAGGGGAAGCUCAACGCUGCUUCAAUCAUGCUAGAGUCAUCAAGAAGGAGUGGCGCUGGCUUGCGAGUGCUCUUGCACGUAGACUCAAUCUCUCAUGAAUUCUUCCCCGGGCAAAUAGUGGCAUUGAGAGGAAUUAAUGCUUCUGGAUCGUAUUUCUCAGUCAACGAGGUUUUGGAAUUGCCCCUACCACCCCAGGCAGCCACUGCUGUGUCCACAUUCGAAGUGAAUAAUGAGCGCUUAGGAGUGGUCCAUGGUAACGAAGACACAGCUGGUCAAGCGCUCAGUAUCAUGGUAGCCUCCGGACCCUAUACUGCUGACGAUAACCUUGCUUUUGAGCCUCUCACUGCUUUGUGCGAAAGAGCCGCAGAGACAUACGCUGACGUGUUGAUUAUAAUUGGACCCAUUCUCGAUAUCGAGCAUCCCUUACUAGCUUCUGGAGAUUUCGAUAUCCCGGCCGACCCAAGCCUCGAGCCUGAUCAAAUCACUUUUGAAGAUAUUUUCAGAGUUUUGGUUGGGAAUCAGCUGAAACGACUGGCUCAGCAAGUCCCUAGCAUGACCAUUGUAAUGGUGCCUUCAGUGCGAGACGCCGUCAACAAGCAUGUCUCAUGGCCCCAGGAACCGUUCACCAAGCAGCCUUUAGGACUACCUAAACAGGUUAGGAUGGUCACAAACCCCGUCGUAAUAUCAUUGAAUGAAAUUGUUGUUGGUAUCUCAGCUUCGGACGUCCUGUCUGAUCUUCGCAACGAGGAAGUGAUUGUUGGAAAACCUAAGGACUCAUCCCUCUUGUCAAGGCUGCCAAAACAUCUCAUACGGCAAAGACAUUUUUAUCCAAUUUUUCCGCCUUCCGAUAGGUCAAUGCUACCCAAGGCGGAGACACAGGAGAGCCUCGCUACCGGAAUGCCGUUAGACACAAGUUACCUCAAGCUUGGGGAAUGGUUAAGCGUGAUGCCCGAUCUCUUGAUUACUCCAAGCUCGCUCCCUCCUUUUGGAAAGGUGGUAGAGGGUGUGGUUGUGAUAAAUCCAGGGACUGUAUCCAAGCGAAGAGGCCCUGGGACCUACACGCAACUAACGGUUCACCCAAGGAAGCUCACACGCGAAGAGCUCGAUAGUUCUGACGUACCUCCCAAACGUCGCGGUGGUGGUGCGACUCAAACUCUCAAAGAGAAAACACCUCGCCAGUCCGCACUCGCAAAAGAAAACGGCAUAACAGCCGCCACCGAAGCCGAAAUCAAAGAAUCCUUCUCCAUCUUCAGCACCUCCAAAGGCUCUCUCCCCUCGUCCUCAUUUCGCCGUGCCCUUGCCGCUCUCAACAUCCCUCCCAAAUCUGCUGCCGAGUACGAGGAGCUAUUAUCGGCUGCCGACCCAGAAGACGAGGGCACAAUCACGUACGCGAAUUUCGUGGCCAUCGCCGCGUUGAAGUUGAAUGCACGGGGAGACGAUGAUGAGAGGGCAGAAGUGAGCGAGGCCUUCGAUUUGUUUUUGAAAAUGGGCGGAGGUGGGGAAGGCAGAGGGAAAGGGCGAGAGGGCGACGAAAGAAUAACAAUGGGCAUGUUGAAGAACAUUGCAGGAUUGUUGAAGGAGGACGUUAGUGAUGAUCUGCUACGGAACAUGAUGAUGGAGGCCAAUGGGGGCGGUGGGGUGGGGGAGGGGGUUGAUAUUGGCGAAUUUGAGGGAGUUAUGAGACGAGUCCGAAAAAGCGGGCGUCUCUAUCCACGCUCAAACGUCAUGAGUCUCCAAGAUCCGUCACUUCCCCCAUCCUCUAGCACUGUGAUGGAGGAAAAAAAGACUGCAGACACUGGCAGUACUGCAGUGGACGACAACGUCGGCUACCCGAUAUCCCACGUCAAAUCACACGAGCCGACGUCCAGCGAUACUGUAGACGGCUCGAAAGACCCAGCGAAAACACCCUUUAUUGGACCUACUCCCAAGUCAAAGCCAGCUCCAACUCCUUCCCUUACACCCGAUCAGUACGUCAAGUAUGAGUCGCUUCUCUCAAUGGCAACUUCAUGGACAGAAGUGGCGAAGACUUCUGCUUCUCGACCUUCGAAAUCUCCUAUCAAAGAUUCAGAGCGAAUGUGGCUUACGAGGGAGUGUCUCCUUCGCUAUCUACGCGCUUCGAAAUGGGUGAUCAACACUGCUGCUAAGCGCUUGCAAGCUACCCUGACAUGGAGGAGAGAAUGGGGUUUGGAGGAGCACACAGCAGACUAUAUCUCGGAAGAGAAUGAGACGGGCAAACAGGUCAUUACAGGAUUCGACAAUGAAGGUCGUCCAUGUCUAUACCUGAACCCUCAUCGACAGAACACUAAGGAUGAGAAGAAGCAAAUGCAUCAUCUUGUCUUCAUGCUCGAACGCUGUAUCGACCUGAUGCCAUCUGGUCAAGAAUCUCUUGCCCUUUUUGUGAAUUACAGCGAGUGUAGGCAAGGUCAGAACGGCAGUUUUUCGCAAGCCAAACAGACAGUUUCGAUUCUUCAGAAUCACUAUCCCGAAAGAUUAGGUAUCGCUUUGGUCCAGGAAUUGCCGUUCUACAUUCAAGUGUUCUUUAAGGCACUCAAGUGGUUCAUUGAUCCAGUGACGUAUGCCAAACUACAUUUCAACGAAGAUUGGACAAAGUAUAUUCCACCGGAGCAGUUGAUACGGGGGUAUGGCGGUGUGGUGAACUUUGAGUACGAGCAUCAGACAUACUGGCCCAGCUUUAUCAAUCUAGCUAAUUCCAGGAGGGAGCGGAUGGUGAAGGUGUGGGAAGAGAGAGGCAAGAAGGUAGGAGAGUCAGAGAUUCACCUUCGAAGUGGAGAGAUCGAGAAAAGCGAUCAGGAUACGAGCCUAGAGGCUUCAGACGAAAAGAAAGUGGGAAAGGGCAUGGGUGAAGCUGACGUUGCUGCUACGUAG